AUGAUGCCACUUGAUAAAAGUACAACUGUGGCCUUCCGCCUGGCCAUUUUUGGAAUGGCACUUACAUUUAUGGUCAUGUCUUGUUUUCUGGAGUGGAUCAUAAUUGACAGCGGCUGGCUGAAAUGUCUGUACCGUGCCAUAGCUGAACUUCGCAAAGUUGAACCAAGCAAGUACAAGGUUGUAUACAAGGAAAUCAGAACUUCUGAUUGGCCGCCGAUUGAUCAAGUGACCUUACCUUUAUCUAGUCAUGCAGUUCAUUCAACUAACGCUCAUGUAGGUGUAAACACCAGCUCAAUUCGUUAA